CCAACAUGAUAUUUAAUUUUAGUUAUUUUGUCUUGUGCUGUGUCAUAGGCUACUCUAUUUUAAUAACGUUCAAAAACCUUUAUCUGCGUCGAUUAGCAAUGCCCCAGCUCCGAAUACCAUCCCAUGAGGCCAGCACCCGUUCUACUGAUUUUGCCAGUCCUGCCGAAUUACUCUCGAAGCUCUCGAUUUUCUGGUUCAGCUUACUAUCCCCCAAGGACCAGCAAGACAAGAUUGAGCAAAUCUCCAACAAACUUGCUGCGGAAGAUGUUAAUGUCGGAAGCCCUGCAGCAGCAGCAGCAGGGGAAACCAAGGAAGAUGUGAGAAGGAAGGCAUUCGAGAUGCUGUUUAAUGAAGUUCCCGUCGUUACACGAGUCGAUUUAUUCAAGGAGAUUACAAAAAUAUUCUUCGAUGAAAGACGCUUGUGUGAGGGGAUUCCUUUGUCCAGGCAACUGGGUUCCAAUGAGCAACAAGAAGAGAUAGAUGAAAUCAAGCAGUCCCGCUAUGCUGAAUUUUACUUGGGGCUGUCAAUCAUUUGGUUCAAAGCACGAUGCGCCAGUGAUCCCAGAAACCUCAUUCAAGUAGUUGUUGGUAAAGCCGGAGUAGAAGAUGAUAUAUUUGAGAAACUCGUUAAUGAGACUGAGGAGGAUUUCAAGCUCAGGAAAUUUACAGAGUCGUUUAAACAACUUCAAUUCAGUUCCCAGGAGGAAAUUGUGGAAUUUAUUCAAGAUGCAGUAUUUCGUGAUCUAGUCGAUGAUGUGCCUAAUACUUUUGAAAUGAGGGAAGAUGUGUCUAAUACUAUUGAAAUGAGCGAUGGUGUUAGUGGUAAUAGAUUUUAUGGAAAAGAGAGGGUGAGAGGUAAUGAUGAACUUUCUGACGACGGUAGAUGCAGAGCCGGAAAUAUUAAUUUUAGGGAACCUUUGCUAGAAUUCUUGAAGGUGAGAACUCCAAAUCUAAGAGGUGCAGGAGGAGCAACAGCAACUCAAGGAGGGAGGGGGGGACAGGGAGCAAUUACACAAGGAGGGCAGGGGACGAGCCAGCAGUAG